CACAAUGGCCCAAGAUCAGUUGCGCGUCCUCAUUGUCGGCAAUGGCGGCCGUGAGCACGCUCUAGCCUGGAAGCUGAGCCAGUCACCCCUCGUCGACAUUGUCUACGUCGCUCCCGGAAACGGCGGUACUGGUCUGGGUACUGACAGCAAGAUCGCCAAUGCCAACAUCAAGGGCGAUGAUUACCCUGGUCUGGUGGCCUUUGCCCAGCAGAACCAGGUGAACCUGGUUGUUCCCGGUCCUGAAGCUCCUCUCGUGGACGGUAUCCAAGGAUAUUUCCAGGCUGUCGGUAUCCGAUGCUUCGGUCCUUCCAAGGCUGCUGCUCGCAUGGAGGGCUCCAAGACCUUCUCCAAGGACUUCAUGCAGCGCCACCAGAUCCCCACCGCUGCGUUUGGAAACUUCAACGACUACGAGUCCGCUCGCCGCUACCUCGACUCCGUUUCGCAUAACGUCGUGAUCAAGGCCGAUGGUCUUGCCGGUGGUAAGGGUGUCGUUAUUCCCACUACCAAGGAGGAGGCGCACCAGGCGCUGAAGGAAAUGAUGGUGGACCACCAGUUCGGCAAGGCUGGUGACGAGGUCGUCAUCGAGGAGUACCUGGAGGGUGAUGAGCUGAGCAUUCUCACUUUCAGUGAUGGCUACACCAUUCGCUCCCUGCCCCCGGCACAGGACCACAAGCGUAUCUUUGACGGUGACAAGGGUCCCAACACUGGUGGUAUGGGCUGCUAUGCGCCUACUCGCAUUGCCCCCAAGGAGGUGCGUGAGGAGAUCGACCGCACCAUUAUCCAGCCGUCCAUUGACGGUAUGCGUCGGGAUGGAAUGCCCUUCGUCGGUAUCCUAUUCACUGGUCUCAUGAUGACCAAGAACGGACCCAAGGUCCUGGAGUACAACGUUCGUGGUGGUGAUCCGGAGACACAGACCUUGUUGCCUCUGCUGAGCGAGGAUACCGAUCUGGCUCAGAUCAUGGUUGCUUGCACCGAGCACUGGCUUGACGGUGUUACCGUCAAGGUCGAGUCCAAGUACUCUACUACUGUCGUGGCUGUCGCUGGCGGCUACCCUGGCUCUUACGCCAAGGGCAAGGCCAUUACUCUUGACCCUACCCCGGCUGGCUCUCUUAUCUUCCACGCCGGUACCACCCUUGCUGGCAACGAGUUGCAGACAUCUGGCGGUCGUGUGAUUGCCGCCACGGCCACUGCCUCGACCCUCGAGGAGGCCGUUUCCAAGUCCUACGAGGGCAUUGCUACCAUCCACUUCGAGGACAUGUUCUACCGCAAGGACAUUGCCCACCGCGCAUUCCGCCAAACCGCCGACACCUCGCUCACCUACGCCGCCGCCGGUGUCUCCAUUGAUGCCGGUAACGAGCUGGUCAACCGCAUCAAGAGCUCCGUCGCCCGCACCAAGCGCCCGGGCACUGACGCCGUCAUCGGUGGCUUCGGUGGUCUCUUCUCUCUGGCCGCUGCCAACUCCGCCUACCACCCUCACUCUCCUACUCUCAUCGGAGCCAUUGAUGGUGUCGGCACCAAGCUCAAGAUCGCUCACACCGUCGGCAUCCACGACACUGUCGGUAUCGACCUGGUCGCCAUGAACGUCAACGACCUCGUUGUCCAAGGCGCCGAGCCCCUCUUCUUCCUCGACUGCUACUCCUGCGGCCACCUGGACGUCCCCACGGCCACAGCCUUCGUGACCGGUGUCGCCGACGGCUGUGUGCAAGCCGGCUGUGCCCUGAUCGGCGGCGAAACCGCCGAGAUGCCCGGCCUCUUCGUCGACGAGACCUACGACGCCGUUGGUGCCGCCGUCGGUGCCAUCAACACCACUGGCGACAACGCCCGCCAGAUCCUGCCCUACACCGACUCCAUGCGCGCCGGUGAUGUCCUGCUCGCUCUGGGCUCCUCCGGCCCGCACUCAAACGGCUACUCGCUCGUCCGCAAGAUCGUCGAGCGUGCUGGCCUCCGCUACACCGACCCGGCCCCCUUCACUGUCCCCGGCCUGCCCCAGGACGUCUCUCUCGGCCGUGCCCUCCUCACCCCGACCCGCAUCUACGUCAAGCCCAUCCUCAGCGCUCUCAACGCCCACCCCGCUGCCAUUAAGGGUCUCGCCCACAUCACCGGCGGCGGUCUCAUCGAGAACGUCCCCCGCAUGCUGCCCAAGACUCUGUCCGCCCAUAUCGACGUGCGCACUUGGGCUCAGCCCCCGGUCUUCCAGUGGCUCCAGCGCGCCGGUAACGUCUCCGCCGCUGAGAUGGCCCGUGCCUUCAACUGCGGUGUCGGUAUGAUCAUCGCUGUUGACGCUGCCUCUGAGGCCGCUGUCCGCCAGAGCUUCGAGGCUGCUGGUGAGGCUGUCUUCCGUAUUGGUGAGCUGCAGGUUCGUGGUGAUGACGAGGGCUGUGUCCUCUCUGGUCUUGAGUCGUGGGCUUAG